UGGGGAGGUGAUCCGAGCAGCGGCUGCCCUAGAAGCCGCCGCCGCCACCACCACCACCACCGCCUCCGGAAAGGGAGAGGCAGGAGGGAGAGAGAGAGAGAGAGAGAGAGAAAGCGAGAGAGAGAGAAAGCGAGAGAGAGAGAGAGAGAGAAAGCUCGAGACUUGGAAAAGCCCAAAGUGCCCACGACCCUGCGCGGCGGGCGGGCAGCCAGCCUUCCAGCUUCAUGGGCAAAGUGUGGAAACAGCAGAUGUACCCUCAGUACGCCACCUACUACUACCCCCAGUAUCUCCAAGCUAAGCAGUCUCUGGUCCCAGCCCACCCCAUGGCCCCGCCCAGCCCCAGCACCACCAGCAGUAAUAACAACAGUAGCAGCAGUAGCAACUCAGGAUGGGAUCAACUAAGCAAAACGAACCUCUAUAUCCGAGGACUGCCUCCCAACACCACAGACCAGGACCUGGUGAAGCUCUGUCAACCAUAUGGAAAGAUCGUCUCCACAAAAGCAAUUUUGGAUAAGACAACAAAUAAAUGCAAAGGUUAUGGUUUUGUCGACUUCGACAGUCCUGCAGCAGCUCAGAAAGCUGUGUCUGCCCUGAAGGCUAGUGGGGUUCAAGCUCAAAUGGCAAAGCAACAGGAACAAGAUCCAACCAACCUGUAUAUUUCUAACUUGCCACUGUCAAUGGAUGAACAAGAACUUGAAAAUAUGCUCAAGCCAUUUGGGCAGGUUAUAUCUACAAGAAUACUACGUGAUUCCAGUGGUACAAGUCGUGGUGUUGGCUUUGCCAGGAUGGAAUCAACAGAAAAGUGCGAAGGUGUUAUUGGUCAUUUUAAUGGAAAAUUUAUUAAAACACCUCCUGGAGUAUCUGCUCCUACAGAGCCGUUAUUGUGUAAGUUUGCGGAUGGAGGACAGAAGAAAAGACAGAACCCAAAUAAAUAUAUCCCUAAUGGAAGACCAUGGCACAGAGAAGGAGAGGUGAGACUUGCUGGAAUGACACUUACAUAUGAUCCAACCACAGCUGCUAUACAGAAUGGAUUUUAUCCUUCACCAUACAGUAUUGCUACAAACAGAAUGAUCACUCAAACUUCUAUUACACCCUAUAUUGCAUCUCCUGUAUCUGCCUACCAGGUGGCAAAGGAAACCAGAGAAAACAAGUAUCGGGGCUCUACUAUCAAGGUGCAAAGCCCUUCCUGGAUGCAACCUCAACCAUAUAUUCUACAGCACCCUAGUGCUGUGUUAACUCCCUCAAUGGAGCAUACCAUGUCACUACAGCCUGCAUCUAUGAUCAGCCCUCUGGCCCAGCAGAUGAGUCAUCUGUCACUAGGCAGCACCGGAACAUACAUGCCUGCAACAUCAGCUAUGCAAGGAGCCUAUUUGCCACAGUACACACACAUGCAGACAACAGCAGUUCCCGUGGAGGAGGCAAGUGGUCAGCAACAGGUGGCUGUAGAGACGUCUAAUGACCAUUCUCCAUACACUUUUCAACCCAAUAAGUAACUGUGAGAUGUACCAGAAGGGUGUUCUUACAUGAAAGGUGUGAAGGCUGAACAAUCAUGGAUUUUUCUGAUCAAUUGUGCUUUAGGAAAUUAUUGACAGUUUUGCACAGGUUCUUGAAAACGUUAUUUAUAAUGAAAUCAACUAAAACUAUUUUUGCUAUAAGUUCUAUAAGGUGCAUAAAACCCUUAAAUUCAUCUAGUAGCUGUUCCCCUGAACAGGUUUAUUUUAGUAAAAAACAAAAAAAAAAGCAACAAAAAAAAAACAAAAAUGAAAGAUUUUUAUCAAAUGUUACAAUGCAAAAAAAGAAAAAAAAAGAAAAAAGGUAAAGAAAAAGAAAAAAAAGAAAAGAAAACUUCAAUUUUCUGGGUAUGCACAAAGACCAUGAAGACGUAUCCAAGUGCAUGACCGGAUUUUUGUGGUUUUGUUCAAUUUGUGUUUUAUUUGUGUUUAUUUCAGCUGUAUGAAACGGGCUUUUUCUGAAGUUUUAAUAGUCCGACUUCACCCAUGGUGUUCUGUGCUUGCGGUGCGAGUGUUGCUGUAAUUCAGUGUUGCCGUCAGUGUCUCUUUUCUUAGCUUUCCGUUUUUCUUUCAACGUAGUGUGAAGUGUCUUAUCUUUUUCUAUGAAUUCCAAUUUGCCUUAACUCUUUUGAUGCUGUAGCUGUUUCAGUAAAAGUUAGUUCAAACUAAUGAUGUAGAAUGCUUUGACCAAAUGAGCUGGUCUAUUAUGCCUUGUAAAACAGCAGCAUAGGGCUUUUAAAAGAUAGUCAAUAAAAGUUGCUGAAAUUUUGGCUUUUUUAAA